AUGAGUGUUAAAUCGUGUGUAGUCACAGUAGUUCUAUAUUAUUUGUUUACGUUCGACAAAGUGUAUUUGUUAACUACAUCAGAAGGAAUCAACACAGAUCCGUUUGUUAUCGAUGUCUCAUGGAACUCACAUGAUUAUGAUUUGCAUACGAUCCCGACUCUCCAAGUGGUCUCCAAUCCACUACUAGCUCGACAAUUUUCUCCGAUUUAUAAAAAAAUCUUUGCAAAUCUGAAACAGCUCAAUGCUGAUUAUGCUCGGUAUGCAGUUUGGUUCCCUUAUCCGAAACUAGCUGUUGCUGAAUUAGAUCCACCGUCUGGUCUUGCUCAAUGUGGAAAUGUCGGACAAGAUUUUUUCAUUAAUCUGUCAUGCGAACGAAACGGAGGUGUCAUAAGUAAAAUCGAUUUCGCAUCGUAUGGUACUUCGACGGGAGCUUGCGGUCAAAUGAAGCAAGGCCAAUGUCACGCAGCAAAUAGCACAACUGUGGUUGAACGAAUGUGCCUCGGAAAACCGAAAUGUUCAGUACCAGCGUUCGUAGAUCUAUUCGGCGACCCUUGUUACGGAACGGUAAAGCGACUACUCAUUCAAGUUCAGUGUGAUCCACCACAAAAUAAUACCUACUAUAACUUUACUUAUCUGGAUACAAUGCUCGAGGAUUUUCUCGAUGCUACAGAUGGCCACUCACGAAUUAUCUCCUUUUGCACGCAACCAACUUGGCUUUUCAAACAAGACACACCUCACAUUUAUCCCGAUAAUGCAUCACUAGUCGAUUGGGAAUAUCCUGUUGGUACAGAAUUAGUUGAUGAUACCAUGCAAGCAUUAGGCGACUAUUACGGACGUCUUCUUGCUUGGUAUACUCGAGGGGGCUUUAUUGAUGAAUACGGCCGAAAACAUACAUCAAACUAUUAUUACAAUUGGGAUUAUACCGAAAUUUUCAAUGAAGUCGAAGCAGAACAUCAUAUGACAGUGGAGUAUUACACGCGCGCAUAUGAUGCAGUUGUUCAAGGUAUUCGUCGGCAUACGAAUAACUAUGCAAUGAAAUAUGUUGGAUUAGCGUUAGCAUUUCAUCAAUUUGAUUGGUUUCGAUAUUUUCUCAAUCAAUCAAAUCAUGCACCGGAUAUUCCAUUAGACAUGAUUUCAUAUCAUUUCUAUGCUAGUGGAAAUUCUCGAACGAAUCCAUUAGAUUGGGAGCCAUUUUUCAGUCAGCUUGACACAUUUACGCUGCAAGUCGAACAAAUUGAAGAAAUCCGCAAGAUCCUAUCGCCAAAUACAAGAACAACGAUCGACGAACUAGGCGUCAUUCUUACUGACGACAACACGCCAGGAGCACCACAGUUUCCUCCGAUCUAUUGGAAUGCAGCAGCAGCUCUCUAUGCAUAUGCAUGGGCUAAAAUAUCACGACUUCGCAUUGACGUCGUUGGGCAUAGUCAACUUGUCGGUUACCCCGAACUUCCCGAUCUACAACUUCAGCCACAAUUCCCAAGUGUUGCUCUACUCAAUUGGACAACGGGUGAAGGUUCGGCUAAGUAUUGGACAUCAAAAUUACUCAUCGAUACAGUUGAUAUUGACAAUGAUCAAGCUGUAAUUACACGAACAACAGAUACGAGUGGUCAGAAUAUAUUUUGUCAAGCAUUUGUCGGCAUCAACGGUCGUCGGUGGGUAUUGAUUAUUAAUAAACGUUAUGCCAAUGUCGAUGUUUUUCUACCCGGAGCGACCGGUGGACGUAUGCAAAUAGUUAAUGAAGCGUCAGGCUUUGGACCAGCUACUGAAGUGACCUUAACAUUGAGUACUGUUACACUGAGUCCGUUCUCUGUUGCUAUUGUGCAUAUGCCAACUGCAAGUGCAAAUUAA